UGACCGUUCCAAGCAACGAAAGGAGUAAAGCAUGGCCGAAGGUAGUGUGGCUACUCUGCGAUGGCAAUGCAAAUAUUCUCUCCAUCGAUCAUCCUAUCGUAUACGCAAAUGCCAGCUGUGUAAGAGAUCCACGACUUGCAAAUGGAGGCGUUCGUUCGUUGGGAUGUUUGAGGCUAUCCUAUUAAAGACAAUUGCGUAACUGACUGAUCAUUUACUGCCGAUGUGACCUGCUAUUGCCUGCCCACAACUCAUCCAGCGUCUAAUCCCAAAUUCCCAACAGAAACCACAUAUUUUUCUACUUCCUAUAUACCCCCAGCCCCAUCGGAAUCUCCAUCUUUCUUACAGUAGCAGUACCCAUGCUCUCCGUAUGCUUCACCCUCCACCCCCAUCUCCAUCGUCUUCUCUACCCUCCCCGCGCCGCCACAACCAGCCCUGAACCGGUCGUAUUUCCGGCACUGCGGAGAAGAAGAUGGAGCGCAGUGUCGCCAUUGUACUCAUCGAGGCAGCCUAAUCGCAUCACCCACAUGGAGGAUUUCCGGCCUGACCCCGCCCUCAUCAACGAUGAUCUCAAGCCCACGGCGGCCGACCAGCGGACGCUGUCCGGGACAGAAAUGGCUAGUUUGUGGGUGGGGCUUGUGGUGGGCGUGCCGGCGUAUUACCUCGCUGGGAGCUUGGUUGAUUUAGGGAUGGCGUGGUGGCAGGGAACUGCCAUAGUCUUCACGGCCAAUUUGAUCCUGCUGCUGCCAUUAGUUCUGACAGGGCAUCCUGGCACACGGUACGGAAUCUCUUUCCCUGUCCUGGCUCGAUCCUCCUUUGGAAUCAGGGGCGCCCACAUUGCCACGCUUCUCAGAGCAUUGGUUGGCUGUGGUUGGUAUGGGAUUGAAACCUGGAUUGGUGGCGAGGCUAUUUUCCUCCUCCUGCCUGGAUUUGUUAAAGCAUCAAGCCUUGCUAAGCCUGUGGCCUGGCUGGGAACUUCCCCUCUUGAAUUUGCUUGUUUCAUUGUAUUCUGGUUUGCUCAGCUGGGAGCUGUGUGGAAAGGAAUGGAUGGAAUCAGGCAGCUUGAAAAAUAUGCUGCCCCACUUCUGAUGGUCCUCACAGGUUGUCUUCUGGUUUGGUCAUAUGUUAGGGCAGGUGGAUUUGGCCACUUGUUCGCAUUAUCUUCCAGGCUCUCCAGCUCAGAAUUCUGGGCUCUGUUCUUCCCUUCGUUGACAGCAAACAUUAGUUUCUGGGCCACUCUUGCUCUCAACAUCCCUGAUUUCACCCGCUAUGCCAAGAGUCAGAAGGAUCAGAUCAUUGGGCAAGCAGGGCUACCAGUGUUCAUGGGUGCAUUUACAUUGGCAGGCCUGGUGGUAACUUCCUCGACUAAAGUCAUUUUUGGGACCCUGAUUUCCAGCCCUGUUCAGCUCCUGGGGAGAAUUGGUGGAGUUUGGACGAAAAUCUUGUCCAUAUUUGGGAUAACUCUGGCUGUCAUCACCACCAACAUUGCUGCCAAUGUGGUGGCGCCGGCAAAUGCCCUGGUGAACCUCAGCCCUUCGAAGUUCACUUUCCGAAGAGGGGCGCUGUUGACGGCAUUGAUUGGGAUCGCAUGCCAGCCAUGGAGGCUUCUUCAGUCCAGCGAAAGCUUCGUGUACACUUGGCUGGUUGGGAACUCGGCAUUGAUGGGGCCGAUUGGAGGCAUAGUUUUGUCGGAUUAUUAUCUAGUUCGGAACACUAAUUUGAGCAUGAAUGAUCUGUACACAGGGAGUCCUGGAGGGGCUUACUACUAUUGUGGUGGAUACAAUUUGGCAGCAAUUGGGGCCUUGGUGUUAGGGGUAUUGCCUGUGGUUCCAGGGUUCUUGCACAAGGUAGGGAUUUUGGGCAGUGUCCCUAAUGCAUUCACAAUUAUUUACAACAAUACAUGGUUCUUUAGCUUCAUCUUGUCAGGGGCUUUGUACUGGGCAUUUUCAUCAGUGCAAAGCCAGAGGGAUGAUGAUGAUGAUGAUCACCACCACCACACAGAUCCCCUCCUGCCAAAUUCCUCAUCUUAGUUUUUGUUUGUCCCUUCCACCCUAUGCUUCUGUGUUUUUGUUAUCUUUUUGGUUCUUUCAUUUGGCUUAGGGGAAAACAUGUGUUGUAUACAGUUCACAGAGAAAUAAUUUUUUAUGUAUAAUAAUUUAACAAUGAAAUAUAUAUUGGAUCAUCUAUUA